UGAAUGAACCCGUCAGCUCAUGCUAUGGCCGACGAAGGGACAUGCCUUUUCCGGGCCGUUUGUGUGGCCCUGCUGUGAUGUGAGCCAAGCCGUGACUGUCAGACACUCGUUCCCUCCCCUCGCUGAGCCCUCCAGGCACAACACCUGUCCCUCUGUGGGUCUGUGUCCUGUCCUCCUCCUGCCAAGGCGAACUGCCCCAUCCCCAGCUGGCAUCCCUGGUCCUCAAGCCUGGACAUGAGUGCAGGCAGAGCCGAUGACAGCCAGGGCUCCCGAGGGACAUGGGGCCCCGUGGGGCCCUGCCCCCAGGAGCAGGUCCUCUCAUGAUGCUGGCGCCCGGGAGUGAGCACCAUGCCCAUCACCCAGGACAAUGCCGGGCGGCACCUGCCCCUGCUCUGCCGGUGGCUGGAGAACAGCGUGCGGGAGGGCGGGGACGGGCCGGAGCAGCGGCUGUGCCAGGCGGCCAUCCAGAAGCUGCAGGAGUACAUCCAGCUGAACUUCGCUGUGGAAGAGAGUGCGGGCCCCCCUGACCACAGCCCCCCGGGGAUGGAGAUCUGUACUGUAUACCUCUCCAAGGAGCUGGGGGACACAGACACUGUGGGCCUCAGCUUUGGGAACAUCCCUGUGUUCGGGGACUACGGAGAAAAGCGCAGGGCGGGCAAGAAGCGGAAAACCCACCAGGGGCCCGUGCUGGACGUGGGCUGCAUCUGGGUGACGGAGCUGAGGAAGAACAGCCCGGCCGGCAAGAGCGGGAAGGUCCGGCUGCGCGACGAGGUCCUCUCCCUGAACGGGCAGCUGAUGGUCGGUGUGGACGUCAGCGGGGCCAGCUACCUGGCUGAGCAGUGCUGGAAUGGCGGCUUCAUCUACCUGAUCAUGCUGCGUCGCUUCAAGCACAAAGUCCACUCUCCUUACAAUGGCAACAGCAGCAACAGCUCCGAACCGGGAGAGACGCCUACCUUGGAGCUGGGUGACCGAGCGGUGAAAAAGGGAAAAAGAACAAGGAAGUUUGGAGUCAUUUCCAGGCCUUCUACCCACAAGGCCACUGACGAAUCCAAGAGCGGCACUAGCUGUGAGUUGGACAAUGACCCCAUCUGUGAGCCGGACAAUGGCCCAGACCCUGAACUUGGCAAUGGCCAUGCCUUUGAGCUAGAAAACGGCCGAGAUUCUCUGAAGGAGGUGGUGGCUGGAUCCCAUCCAGACAGGUCAGAAGUGGACAGAGGGACCGAGCAGAAAGUUCCAAAGACAGACACCUCUCUGCCCACAAGUAAUGACAAACGCCACUUCUCAAAAUCGGGGAAGACAGACUUCCAGUCAAGUGACUGCCUGGCACGGGAGGAAGUCGGCCGGAUAUGGAAGCUGGAGCUGCUUAAAGAAUCGGAUGGGCUGGGAAUUCAGGUUAGUGGAGGCCGAGGAUCCAAGCGCUCACCUCACGCUAUCGUUGUCACUCAAGUGAAGGAAGGAGGUGCCGCUCACAGGGACGGCAGGCUGUCCUUAGGAGACGAGCUGCUGGUAAUCAAUGGCCACUUGCUGGUCGGGCUGUCCCACGAGGAAGCUGUGGCCAUUCUUCGCUCGGCCACGGGAAUGGUUCAGCUGGUCGUGGCCAGCAAGGAAACCUCCGCAGAGGACCUCCUGAGGUUAACAUCUAAGAGUUUGCCUGACCUGACCAGCUCGGUAGAGGACGUGUCCUCUUGGACUGACAACGAAGACCAGGAGCCAGACGGGGAGGAGGACGAAGGAACUGGCUCGUCUUCCAUCCAGGGAGCAAUCCCCGGGGCAGAUGAGCCCCACGACCCGGGCGGCUCCGAGGACGCCAAGGGAAACCUGGAGAGCCCCAAACAGGGCGGCGGGAAGAUGAAGCUCAAGAGUCGUCUGUCCGGGGGUGUACACCGCCUAGAGUCCGUUGAAGAAUAUAACGAGCUGAUGGUGCAAAAUGGGGACCCCCGGAUCAGGAUGCUGGAGGUGUCCCGAGAUGGCCGGAAGCACUCUCUCCCUCAGCUGCUGGAAUCUUCGAGCACAGCACAGGACUACCACAUCGUGAAGAAGUCCACCCGCUCCCUGAGCACCACGCAGGUGGAGUCGCCCUGGAGGCUCAUCCGGCCGUCGGUCAUCUCCAUCAUCGGGCUGUACAAGGAGAAGGGCAAGGGCCUGGGCUUCAGCAUCGCUGGCGGUCGAGACUGCAUUCGAGGACAGAUGGGGAUUUUCGUCAAGACCAUUUUCCCGAAUGGAUCGGCUGCGGAGGACGGGAGACUUAAGGAAGGGGAUGAAAUCCUAGAUGUAAAUGGAAUACCAAUAAAGGGCUUGACGUUUCAAGAAGCCAUCCAUACCUUCAAGCAAAUCCGGAGUGGAUUAUUUGUGUUAACGGUACGCACAAAGUUACUGAGUCCAAGCCUCACGCCCUGCUCCACACCCACACACAUGAGCAGAUCCAGCUCCCCAAACUUCAACGCCAGCGGGGGAACCUCCUCAGCAGUGGGCUCCGAUGAAAGCAGCCCCUCCUCCCUGGGUCGGAAGGCCCCGGGGCCCAAGGACAGAAUCGUCAUGGAAGUGACGCUCAACAAAGAGCCCAGAGUCGGAUUAGGCAUCGGUGCCUGCUGCCUGGCUCUGGAGAACAGCCCCCCAGGCAUCUACAUCCACAGCCUCGCCCCUGGCUCCGUGGCCAAGAUGGAGAGCAACCUGAGCCGCGGAGAUCAAAUCCUCGAAGUGAACUCUGUCAACGUCCGCCAUGCCGCUUUAAGCAAAGUCCACGCCAUCUUGAGCAAGUGCCCCCCAGGACCCGUUCGCCUUGUCAUCGGCCGGCACCCCAAUCCAAAGGUUUCCGAGCAGGAAAUGGAUGAAGUGAUAGCACGCAGCACUUACCAGGAGAGCAAAGAGGCCAAUUCCUCUCCUGGCUUAGGUACCCCCUUGAAGAGCCCCUCUUUUGCAAAGAAGGACUCCUUGGCCUCUGACUCGGAACUCUCCCAGUACUUCGCCCAGGACGUCCCAGGGCCCUUGUCGGACUUCGUGGUGGCCGGCUCCGAGGACGAGGAUCACACGGGCAGCGGCUGCAGCACCUCCGAGGACGGCAGCCUGCCACCCGGCCCCUCCACUCCCAAGGAGCCCGGAAAAGCCAGGGCCAACAGCCUCGUGUGUCUGGGAAGCCAGAGGGGUUCCGGGCUCUUCCACAAGCAGGUGACAGUUGCCAGACAAGCCAGCCUCCCCGGGAGCCCGCAGGCUCUCCGAAACCCUCUUCUCCGCCAGCGGAAGGUGGGCUGCUACGAGGCCGACGACGCCAGCGACGAGGGCGAGUUCGGUGGCGGCAGCGAAGGUGACUGCAUCUCCCUCCCAGGGACCCUGCCCGGUCCCGGCAGGCCUCGGACGGGGGACGACUCUCGGCCUGUCUCCAUGACCCCUUCCAAGGUCACAGGCGUCAAGAACCAGGAGGAACAUCCCCAGAAAAUGCCGGUCAGCAAGGCCUCCUCAGUGCCUCUCCUGGGCAGCGCAUCAAACUUAGAGGGGGGUGUCCCGGGGGACCUGGGGGACACUCUUUUGCACGCGGCCAGCCUGCUGUCGUCUGCAGAGGCCCCCAGGGGCGGCUCGGGCGGCUCCGGGCGGAAGGAACUGUCGGGAUCCAGGAGUUCACCCAAACUGGAGUACAGAGCCGGUCCCCGGAGUCCCGUGAGCUCGGAUGGCCCCGGUUCCCCCCAGAAGGAUGGAAGCCUGGGGUCCAGGCACAGACCGGUGGCCAGGGUCAGCCCACACUGCAAGUGGCCAGAGGCCGACGCCAGGCCCGGCAGCUCGGACACAGUGACCCUGGCGGGGGGAGCUGACGACCCAUGUGGUCCGGAUUCCCAAGUCCAGGGCGCUUCAGGGCAAGUGACCACGACUGGUCCUCGACCCGGUGGACCUGUGGAAAAGGAACCUCCAGGGAAGCUGACGGCCGGGCACGGGCCCCACCCAGGUGCUGGCUGCCUCGCUGAGAACCUGCCCGAAGCUGUACCAGACCGGGGGCAACAACCCGGGACAGGACUGGACGGCUCCCCCGACCCUGUCUCUUCCCCAGGGCCAAAGGGGGCCAUGCACCCCAACCCCAGCAAGACCUCAGGGGACACAGAACAAGUGAGGCGGCCUGAGGACCCCGGAGAGCCAGUGUCACCCAGGGUCCCCAGGUCUGAGGACAGAUGUCCCGUCGACCUUGCCCAGGACCACAGCAUCUCCCCAGGGAAGACCACAGCGGCUCAUCCCGACUUCGGCGCCACUCAGACAGCCCCCGAAACCAGCCGGCCAGACACCCCCGGGAAGGCAGGUGCGCACGGGGAAGCAGGACCCGAGGCAGAGGGGGCGACUCCAGCAGGCCCCGACCUGUCACCAGGCCUCCUCGCGUGCCAGGAGAGACAGGAAGUUCCAGGUGACCACCGCCAGGCCCUGCAUAGGACGGGGACCCUCACACCUGAGCGCCCCCGGGAGUCUGCGCUGCUCCAGGGACCAGACACCAGGCCCGCGGGGGCACCGCAGGCCCACGCUUCGUGCAGGUCACCCGCCGACACGGCCCCAGGGGAGCGCGGCAGUGCCUCGGGGCCCGGCUGCCCGGCGGACAGCGGAGGGAGCCCUGUGACCGACAUCGACGGCCUCAUCCAGGAGCUGGCGGCUUCGGAAGGAAGACCGCGGUCUCCGGACAAAGGGGACCCGGCGAGUCCAGAGGGCAGCUCGCGGGGCGCGCUUCCCGCGGCGGCCGGAGGGGGGCGUGCGGGCCGCGCCGAGCCGGGCGCCGGGAGCCAGACCCCGAGCCCCGGGAGGGCCUGGGCCGCCGGCGCGCCCGCGCCCCCGCAGUGGGCCUCCCAGCCCUCUGUGUUGGAUUCCAUCAACCCUGACAAACACUUCGCUGUGAACAAAAGCUUUCUGAGCAACUACUCGAGAAAUUUCAGCCCCUUUCAUGAGGACAGCACGUCCCUGUCCCUGUCGGGCCUGGGUGACAGCACAGAGCCGUCUCUCUCGUCCAUGUACGGCGACGCGGAGGACUCUUCGUCCGACCCCGAGUCGCUCCCUGAAGCCUCACGAGCUGCCACCCGGGCCAGCUGGUCCCCUCCUCGUUCUCGGAGCUCUUCUCCCAAGGAAGAGGCCAUGGAGUCUGAGGAGGAGCAGAUUGAAAUUUGCUCCACCCACGGCCCCCCCAGCCCCGCCCCGACGGCCGGACACCCACCUACCUGGGCAGCACCCUGCCCUACUCCUACCGCAGCCGCGCCCCCAGCGCGCAGUGCCCCGAGCGAGGCCGCGGUUAGUCCCCGCGACGGGGCCUCCCCUGCACCCCCAGAUGCUGCCCAGCCGUCGGUCCUCCUGCAUGGAAACUCUCAGGGGCGCACACCCCCCGCAGGCCUCAGGAUGGCACCGAAGCGCAGGUCCUUGUGUGAAGGAGCAGCGGUGGAAGCCCCCGGCAGUGGCUCAGCCGCGGAAAACAGCCGGGCUGCUUCUGACGCCGCCAGGCGUUCGCACAACCACACAGUCCCUCUCGGCCCUCCUGGCGUGGUAAAUGGUUUGGGACACAACUUGCUGGAUAGUGAAAGCCCGGAUAAAAAACCAGAAACAAAAAUUCAUGCAACUGAAAGUCGGUCCUCCUCUCGUGUGGGUGCCCCUGAGAACGGGGAAUCUGUUUCGACAAACCUGCACAUCUCUGAGAGCCAAGACCCGGAUGACCUCCUGCAGAAGCCAAAAAUGGUCUCCAGGAGGCCCAUCAUGGCCUGGUUUAAAGAGAUCAAUAAAGGCCACCAAGGCGCGCACUCGCAGAGCCAAACGGAAAAGGACCAGUCGGUGGUGCCGCCCAGAAGUCCCGACUCCAAGAGCCAGGUGCUGAGCACGAACCACAGAAAGGGGGCUGCCGUGCCCAACAGUCCCCCUCAGCUGAAAAUGAGUCUUGAAAAUAGAGAUGCACCUAGAAAAAAUUCAGUGGAAACCCUUCUAAGUAACUGUCAGAAGUCCAAGUGCGGUCCUAGGCUGAGGAGACUGAGCAUCAAGAGCAAAAGCAAAGGCAGCUCCGAGGCCCCCGCUGCUAACCCGCCCAAGGACAGUGGGGCGGACCACAGGAGGUCCCUCGUCUCCCCCCAGGCCUCCCACAAAGCGCUUUCCAAGGCAGCACCACACCGGCUGCAGGGAGCCAACCACGAGGACCCCGGCAAAAACGCCACGGCCACCGUCAAGUCUCCCCAGAGUGUGCCGGAGAGCAGGGCGGCUCCAGGGUCCCUGAGGCCAUCGGCGUCGGACACAAGCAUCAGACCGUUCAUGUCGUCCCCGACCUCCCCCAAGGCUCCUCCCGAGCAAGGUGCGGGUGGGAGGUUCCAUGCGGCUGUCCACUCAGAACCCGACAGAGGCUGCCCGCCCACCCCCAGGUCGCCUAGGUGUGGACCAGAGAGCAGGGAGGCGGUGGGGACGGGUCCUGCAGCCUCGAGGAGCAGCAGCGUGUCCACAGAAGAGGACUUGCAGGAGCUCCCGCCUCCCGGGCAGGGCCAGCAGCUCUCAGCCAGCCAGACAGGGUUUGUACCCGAAGGAGUCCAACCCGGGGUACCUGGCGACAGAGGAAGCCGAACAAUUGCCAGCGAUCCCCCAGAAAGAACAAACCAGCUGAAAAUAGUUGAAAUUUCUUCUGAGAGCAUGCCAAAGAAAGCCUGGGGCGACGUGCCAGCUGAAGGUGACAGACCAGGCGGGUUCCUGGCCCGGAGCAACUCUCAGGAGAGGAGUGAAAUCAGACUCUGUCACCAGUCGGCGGAACUGUCCCCGGGUCGCCCACCCUCACCCACAGCGUCGCAUGCCUCCCAGGCGGAGCAGGAAAUGCAGCGUUCCUGGAGCAUGGCGAAACUGGCUGCCGCCUGCUCCCCGCAGCUGCCCGCUAAAAAGGCAGGCUCUUCUCCAGGAAGGUCGCGCCAGAUGUCAUCAGAGUCCCCAGGGACACCCAAGAACGGCACACCGGGGGGCCCAGCGCUGGACGAGCAUCCCUACUUCAUGCCAAGGCCGGCGACCAGGACCUACUCCAUGCCGGCCCAGUUCACGAGCCAUUUUGGACGGGAAGGGCCGUCCCUGCCCAGCCCAGGUCGCUCCCAUCGGGACAGCCAGAUCCCUGCCACAAGCAGUGGCCUCCUCGAGGCCAAGGUGUCCCCCCGAGGCGGUGCUCUGGGCCUGGUUAACGGACAGGGCGUCUACAGUGUGAAGCCGCUGCUGGAGACGUCAAGGAACCUUCCAACAGGUGACAAAGGGGAUGGUCUUUCCAUGCAGGACGCGAGCUGCCUCGUCGCAGACAAAAUCAAGGUCACCAGGAGACAUUACUACCCUGAGCAGAACUGGCCCCAUGAAUCUACUACCUCAUUCUUCUCUGUGAAGCAGAGGAUCAAGUCCUUUGAGAACCUGGCCCAUUCCGACCGGCCCACAGCCAAGGCUGGGCCUUCCUCUUUCCUGUCUGUGAGCUCCAAGCCGCCCAUCGGGAGGCGGUCUUCCGGCAGCGUGGCUUCGGGGGGCUUCGGCCUCCCCAGUGACCCAGCCGCGAGGUCACUGAGACGCAGCCUGAGCUCCUGCAGCGAGAGCCAGAGCGAAACCGGCAGCCUCAUCCCGCAGAUGACCAAGUCCCCGUCCAGCAUGACGCUGAUGGUCUCCCGGCAGAACCUGCUGGAGGCCGGCAUUAAGGGCCCUGACUCUGACCCAAAGAAACCCCUGGGGCCCUCCGGAAUCCCCGCCCCGGCAGUGCCUCCACCGGCUGCCCCGGUCAGGAGGAACAAGUGCUCGGUGCGCCACACCCAGCCCUCGCCCCUGUCGCGCUCUAAGCUCCAGGAACUGAGGGCCUUGAGCAUGCCCGACCUCGACAAGCUCUGCAACGAGGACUUCUCUGCAGGGCCCACGGCUGUGCUCUUCAAAACCGAGCUGGAAAUCGUGCCCAGGAGGUCGCCUGGCUCCCCGGCCGGGGGCCUCAACGGGUCUGCUGCCCUUCUAUGCCCUGUGAAGGGCGGGGACAGGGCCUGCCCCGCAGGAGGCAGGCCUAAAGCUGGUGAGCCUGGGGCACCCAGUCCCACCGACGACGGGAGUGAAACCACCCAGGCUCCGCCUUCCGGAAAAAGCUGGUCAGUCAAUUUGGAUCAGCUUCUAGGGUCAGCAGGGGACCAGCAAAAAUUGCAAGCGGUUUUGUCCUCAGUGAGGUCGAAAUCCACCGUCGUGGCUCUCAUGCAGGAGGCGAAAGCACAAUCAGAGAAUAAAGACGAUGUUUGCUUCAUAGUCUUGACUAAAAGAGAAGGCUCAGGUCUGGGAUUCAGUGUGGCUGGAGGGUCAGAGGUGGAGCCAAAAUCGACUGUGGUCCACAGGGUAUUUUCUCAGGGGGCAGCUUCUCAGGAAGGGACCAUGCACCGAGGGGACGUCCUCCUGUCCGUCAACGGCGCUUCGCUGGCGGGCUUGGCCCACGGGGACGUCCUGAAGGUUCUGCACCAGGCACAGAUGCACAGAGACGUCCUCGUGGUCGUCAGGAAGGGAAACGGCCAGCCCAGGCCCUCCACCCGGCAGGAGCCACCCACCACCAACGGGAGGGGCUCGCUGUCCAGGAGGACCGUCCCCCUGGAGCCUGGAACGGCGAGAAGCGCAGCCGCGCACGACGCUCUGUGCGUGGAAGUGCUGAAGACCGCGGCCGGGCUGGGGCUGAGCCUGGACGGAGGGAAAUCGUCCGUGUCCGGGGACGGGCCUCUGUUCAUUAAGCGCGUGUACAAAGGCGGUGCAGCCGAACAAGCCGGAACCAUAGAAGCCGGGGAUGAAAUCCUUGCCAUCAAUGGGAAACCCCUGGUCGGGCUCCUGCACUUCGACGCCUGGAACAUCAUGAAGUCUGUCCCGGAGGGACCCGUGCAGCUGGUGAUCAGGAAGCACAGGAAUUCUUCGUGAAACCAGCGCGAGUAGUGACACUCCCAGUUCCGGACAAGAAUCGCCUUUUCUGUUCCCUCCGUACCCUAGCCAAUCAGACUGACUUCUUUGCGCCGCAGCCUCCCGGAACAGCAGAGGAUUGCUGGCGCGGGCAAGGACUCCAAAAAUCUCCACGUUGUCACCGACAGACGAAGCUCCUCGACUCGGGAAGCUUCCCACCCGGACCACCCAGGCCAGGAGGGUCUGUUGUGUCCCGGUGCUGGGCCCCCAGCUUGCACUUUUCCUGACGGGGGGCUACAGGUGUGGCACGACGCCCUCUCCCCAACACUCAGCUGGGCCUUUGUUCCCCUUCCGCCACCCCUCCCGGCAUACCCCACCCACGCGGCUGGGGAGCCUGCGGAGUCGGAGGGGCCACACAGCUGUCACGACUGAACAGACUCUGGAUUUACGUCAUUUCCUAAGUAACCCAGCUUCAGGCACGUUCAGUGGAGAGAGCCGCGGUCUGUAUGUUACCCUGAAAAGGAGACUUAAAAAAAUAUAUAUAUAUAUAUGAAUCAAUUAUGACCUAAUGGUUAGGCUGAGCUCAGGAAUUAUCCAAAAAGGAAAAAAGCAGAAUCCAGGAAGUGGUGUUUUUUAGCGAGUGUAAUGUGCAAUGUGUGGAUGCAGAGCGCAGCUCAGUGGGUCACUGAGCGCCGCCAAGUGCUGGUCGUAACCUGGGAGGCGUGUAGGUCGUAAGGCUCUUCUACAGAAACGCAGUUCUGAUGAGCUGCACUCGAUAGCCAUGAACUUUGCUGCUUCCAGUGAGCAGGGAGUUCCAGCUCUGAAAGCACCUUGGAUCCAGUUUGGAACUGGCCUUGAACUCGAGCGUGAGUUCGAGACUGGCCGACCCAGGAGCAGGCGGAACCGCUGCCGUCUCUGGGUUUCUAUGCCUGUGUUUUAUGGACUCCAACCAGUAAGUUCCAUUUUUAGACAUCAAAAACCUUUUUAGUGUCCUUGGAUUUAUAAACAUAGGCAUUAUAUUUACAAUCCAAAUACAGGAGCUUAAGAUAAUUCUUGCAAGGGACUUUUUUUUGUGGUUCUUUUCCCCUUCCCAGCAAGCUUUAAAAAAAUGGGCUGUUUUCUAAGCAUUGGAUCACUUUUGCUGACCUGCGUGUAAUGACAUACCUCUGCUGUGACUGAAGUUUUUGCUCUUUUUGUCUCUGUUUUGCAAAGUCUUCCUUUUGCCCAGCUGCUGUCCCACAGAACACCAUUGUGACUCACGCUGCUUGUGAAACUUGUCCCAGCUGCUCUCCUUUCAAAGCAGGAACUUCGUCGGUGCUGUUCCUUGUCACAAAAUUGGCUUUUCUCCCCCUCGUGCUUCUCAUCAGCUUCAUUCACCAAAGAGUAGUGAGGAGGAGAAUGGAGAACGAGAGCAAGUCCCUCUUUCAAGGUAAAGGAGCAGGACUGUGCAGUUAGGAUCCAGGUCCUCCGGGUGGGGCACAGGCUAGCUGACUGAGUUGGGGGGGAGUACAGGUGGGACUGCCCACCUGUGCACAUCACGACGCUAAGGUUUCAUGUUGGAGCGUCUUUAACUGACCUGCAGCUGGGGCCCAUGGCUUAGAAGAGGAACUCGGGUCCUUACAGCCCCAAUCACGGAGGCACUUGAGCCGUCACCUCUGUCCACCAUGUUUCUGAUCCCACUAAACCUCUGUGCAUCUGGCCCAGAGGGGUCUCUCAGACGGGAGCAAAAUAUCUGCUUGGUGUGAGCCUCCAUUUCUCAUUUUUUUAACAGGCUAUACAAACGGAAAUGUAGUACAGGAAUUAGCAGAGGCCUGAUUAAUUUAGCUUCUACUUUUCACUAGAAUUCCAGGUAGGCUACUAUAGAACUUCAGUGCAAGGUGCAUGCUAGGUUGUUUUCAAGUCUCGGGGGGUCAGUUUUGUGGUUUGUUUUCUUGACACAAGACUCUCUGAAGUCAACGCUGCAAACUCCCUCUCAGCCUCCAUGCUCCCAGCUGUGCUGCUGAGCAGGACUGUCCUCUGUGACCAGGCAGGGCUUCCGGGGCGGUGUCGAGCGGGGCGGGGAGUGAGGGGUCUCCCUCGAGAGUGCCUGCCCCUCGCUCGCACCCGAGGGCCGCACGGGCGGACCUCUGGCUCACCAGACUCUGUCCAGGGCAUCAGCCAUCUCUCGUAGAUCUCGCCGGAAGGAUUCCCUGGCAGACAGCGGGAACAUAAGGGAGCAAGCAGAAGCGAAACAGUUUUUGACCCUCAGAUAGAGAGCUACUUAUUUGUCUUCCGUGUUCGAGGCAUGACUAGUGUUUCUAAUUAGUCUAAUGAAUCCCCACACUUCCUGCAGUGAACACUAAUGGUAUUGUCCCACUGAAACGCUCAUUGUUUUGGUUUUUGACUGGUUGGUCGUUCGCAAUAAGCUAUGAGGGUAAGUGUGUGUUAUGCUACGUAAGUCAUAGUCCCAGGGUAGACCGUGACGGGGGAAGUAGGUUGAGUCCGUCCCCAUUCUGCCGCACACAUCUCAUGUAACUCUGUCUGACCUAACUGGCGCCACACCUGUUGUAUGAUAUACAUGAUUCUUUAUUUAUGUAAGAUAAAAAUGCCUUAUAUUAUUAAAGAGUUAAGUGCAAUAAUAUGAAAUAGCCUGUACAUUUUAAAAUGUUGUCACUGUUAUGUAAACCCACAUCUCUGUAAACAACCUUUUGUAAGUAAUUUUAAAAAAAUAAACACUCUGCUUACUA